AUGAAAUAUCGUAAAGGAAGCGAUAAAAAGGAAGAAAAAGAAGAAAAUGACAAGCAAAACCAAUCUGCUGAAACCAAGCGAGAAGCCUAUUUUUCUCAUCUUUCCAAAGAAUUCACAAAAUCCCUCAGAGAAGAAAACUACGAAGAUGCAGAAGCUCUUCUAAAAGACCUUGCCAAGCCUGAACUAAUGGAACUUAUUAAACGGGAAAGGCUCAACCUAUUUAAGCUUGCCCUUAUCACUUGCAAACUUCCUACAGUCCUUAACUGACUUAUCAAUAACUUACCGACAAAGCAAAUGAAAAGAAUUAUUUCCUCAGAAAAAUUCGCAAAACUUAAAGAUUUUUUGCUAGAAUUUAUAGUCCACUCUAAAAGAAACCGAGUUUCAGAGAAAAAGCGGAACCUUUCAAUACAAAAAGCUAAAUUGCUGUUUAGCAUUGGGGAUAAACAAGUUAAUAAGAUCAUACUUAACCACGUGCCAUGGGUUAAAGAAUACAAACUAAAAGAAAAAUAA